GCCGCUUCCCGGGGCCGGGGCCGAGGAUGCUCCGGCUGCCGGCGGCGGCGGGGGGGCGGCGGGUGCGCGGCGGGGGCUGAACCGCGGCGGCAGCGAGCCCCGGCCUGCCCGGGACACUUGGCGGGGAGGAAGAAGAGGAGGAGGAGGAGGGAGGAGGAAGACGAAGAGGCCGCCUUCAGCCUCGGCCCCGCCAUGCCGGGCCCCACCGGGGAGCGUGGCCCGGUGGCAGUGGCUCCCCGGGGGCUGUGAGCUGCCCGGGGCCGGCGGAAGGGGGGCCCCGGGCGGAGGUGGGGGGGCUCCGGGCUCACGGGGGGGCCCGAGCGGCAUGGCCAGCCUCGUCCCCCCCGCCGCCGCCGCUUCCACCGGGAUUUAACCGGGGCUUGGAUGCUUUCACCUCCCGUUUCCACUUCGGGAGGGCAUGUGCGCGGGGGAAGCGGGCCGCCCCCAGCGGAGCCCCCCCGCGCCCUGACUCGGCCGUGAGGGGCUCGGCCGCCAGCCCCGUCCCGCCGCCGGCCCCGGAGGACGGGGAGCGCCGGCCCGCCCCGGCCCCCCCUGGCCGGUGGGUACCGGGCGGGGGGCGGCGGGUACCGGCAACUUGUGUUUAGCGUCCGGCGGCACCGACUGGGGGGAGCUCCCCCUCUACCCGACGAGAUUUGGGUUUAAACUUUGGGUUUUGGGGAGCCCCGAAGAUGCCUUUCCACCCGGUGACGGCGGCGUUGAUGUACCGGGGGAUCUACACCGUCCCCAACAUCCUCGCCGAGCAGCGCCCCGUGGAGAUCCCCGAGGAUGAGCUGGAGGAGAUCCGGGAAGCCUUCAAGGUGUUCGACCGCGAUGGCAACGGGUUCAUCUCCAAGCAGGAGCUGGGCACGGCCAUGCGCUCCCUGGGGUACAUGCCCAACGAGGUGGAGCUGGAGGUCAUCAUCCAGCGCCUCGACAUGGACGGUGAUGGGCAGGUGGACUUUGAGGAGUUUGUGACAUUACUGGGACCCAAGCUCUCCACCUCGGGCAUCCCGGAGAAGUUCCACGGCACCGACUUCGACACCGUCUUCUGGAAGUGUGACAUGCAGAAGCUGACGGUGGACGAGCUGAAGCGGCUGCUGUACGACACCUUCUGCGAGCACCUGUCCAUGAAGGACAUCGAGAACAUCAUCAUGACAGAGGAGGAGAGCCACAUGGGCACGGCCGAGGAGUGCCCUGUCGACGUGGAGACCUGCUCCAGCCAGCAGAUCCGCCAGACGUGCGUGCGGAAGAGCCUCAUCUGCGCCUUCGCCAUCGCCUUCAUCAUCAGCGUGAUGCUCAUCGCCGCCAACCAGGUGCUGCGCAGCGGGAUGAAGUAACGGGGUGCCCCCGCCGCCGGGGACCCGCAGCGACAGCGAGGAGGAGACACCUAUAAAUAUCUAUAAAUAUCUCUAUGUACAUCCAUCUGUGGCCCAGAGACGUGUCCCCCCCGGGAGGGGGGCAGCCGAGGGGACGGAGCCGCGCCGGGGCCCCGCCGUGCCGGGCGCUGCCGUCGCUGCUGUUUGCAGAGCACGGAGACUUUGGUACCGACACCGACACACCGACCCCCCCUCGCCAGACUAAAACCGACCCGUGAGUGCAUGUGAUGUGCAUGGAGCCCCGUGAGCCCCCUCCCCGCGCCGGGUCGGCGGCCCCUCCCGCGGCGGAUCCCGUCGGAUUCUCCGAUCUAGCGUUAGAGCUCAUAUUUAGGAUAAACCAAAUCAUCC